AGCCCUCCCCAUACCCUGGGCGCGGAGCACAAGGAUUGGUCACUCCUCUUUGUACUGCUCUUUUCCUUUUAUUUCAGCUUUCUUCGAGAACAAAUCUGGUUUGUAGAUGUGCUUGGGGAGAAUGAGGGCCUCUUCUCCAAGAAGCCCGGAGCCUGUUGGGCCGCCGGAGCCCCGUCUCCUCUUCUGCUGCGGAGGAUCCCUGUUGGCGGUUGUGGUGCUGCUCGCGCUGCCGGUGGCCUGGGGUCAAUGCAAUGCCCCAGAACAGCUUCCAUUUGCCAGGCCUACCGAACUAAUUGAUGAGUCUGAGUUUUCCAUUGGGACACAUCUGAAGUAUGAAUGUCGCCCUGGUUAUUAUGGAAGACCGUUUUCUAUCAUCUGCCUAAAAAACUCAGUCUGGACAAGUGCUAAGGACAAGUGCAUACGUAAAUCAUGUCGUAAUCCUAGAGAUCCUGUGAAUGGCAUGGUGCAUGUGAUCAAAGACAUCCAGUUCGGAUCCCAAAUUAAUUAUUCUUGUACUGAAGGGUGAGUUGGCAGCAACAUCUCUUGAUGCAUCAUUUCCUUCUCAGCCUCCAUCUUCUCGUCACCUUCUCCACUGUGUGAAAAAAUUUCUUGUGGGCUACCACCCACCAUAGACAAUGGAGAUUUCUUUAGUGCUAACAAAGAGUAUUUUCACUAUGGAUCUGUGGUGACCUACCACUGCAAUCUUGGAAGUGGAGGGAGAAAGGUGUUUGAGCUCGUGGGUGAGCCCUCCAUAUACUGCACCAGCAAUGAAGAUCAAGUGGGCAUCUGGAGCGGCCCAGCUCCUCAGUGCAUUAUACCUAACAAAUGCACGCCUCCAAAUGUGGAAAAUGGAAUGUUGGUGUCUGUCAACAGAAGCUUAUUUUCCUUAAACGAAGUUGUGGAGUUUAGGUGUCAGCCUGGCUUUGUCAUGAAAGGACCCCGCCGUGUGCAAUGCCAGGCCCUGAACAAAUGGGAGCCAGAGUUACCAAGCUGCUCCAGGGUAUGUCAGCCACCUCCAGAUGUCCUGCAUGGUGAGCGUACCCAAAGGGACAAGGACAUCUUUCGGCCUGGGCAGGAAGUGUUCUACAUCUGUGAGCCCGGCUAUGACCUCAGAGGGGCUGCAUCUCUGCGCUGUACAUCCCAGGGAGACUGGAGCCCUGCAGCCCCCAGAUGUGAAGUGAAAUCCUGUGAUGACUCCCUGGGCCAACUUCCUAAUGGUCGUGUGCUAUUUCCACGUAGUCUCCAGCUUGGAGCAAAAGUGGAUUUUGUUUGUGAUGAAGGAUUUCAAUUAAAAGGCAGCUCUGCUAGUUACUGUGUCUUGGCUGGAAUGGAAAGCCUUUGGAAUAGCAGUGUUCCAGUGUGUGAACAAAUCUUUUGUCCAAGUCCUCCAGUUAUUCCUAAUGGGAGACACACAGGAAAACCUCUGGAAAUCUUUCCCUUUGGAAAAGCUGUAACUUACAUAUGUGACGCCCACCCAGACAGAGGGAUGACCUUCGACCUCAUUGGGGAGAGCACCAUCCGCUGCACAAGUGACCCUCAAGGGAAUGGAGUUUGGAGCAGCCCUGCUCCUCGCUGUGGAAUUCUGGGUCACUGUAAAGCCCCAGAUAAUUUUCCGUUUGCUAAGUUGAAAACCCAAACCAAUGCAUCUGACUUUCCCAUUGGGACAUCUUUAAAGUACGAAUGCCGUCCUGAGUACUACGGGAGGCCGUUCUCUAUCACAUGUCUAGAUAACCUGGUGUGGUCGAGUCCCAAAGAUGUCUGUAAACGUAAAUCAUGUAAAACUCCUCCAGAUCCAGUGAAUGGCAUGGUGCACGUGAUCACAGACAUCCAGGUUGGAUCCAGAAUCAACUAUUCUUGUACUACAGGGCACCGACUCAUUGGUCACUCAUCUGCUGAAUGUGUCACCUCAGGCAAUACAGCCCAUUGGAGCACGAAGCCGCCAAUUUGUCAACGAAUUCCUUGUGGGCUACCCCCAGCCAUCGCCAAUGGAGAUUUCAUUAGCACUAACAGAGAGUAUUUUCACUACGGAUCCGUGGUAACCUACCGCUGCAAUCUUGGAAGCGGAAGGAAAAAACUGUUUGAGCUCGUGGGUGAGCCCUCCAUAUACUGCACCAGCAAAGAUGACCAAGUGGGCAUCUGGAGCGGCCCGGCCCCUCAGUGCAUUAUACCUAACAAAUGUACGCCUCCAAAUGUGGAAAAUGGAAUAUUGGUAUCUGUCAACAGAAGCUUAUUUUCCUUAAAUGAAGUUGUGGAGUUUAGGUGUCAGCCUGGCUUUGUCAUGAAAGGACCCCGCCGUGUGCAAUGCCAGGCCCUGAACAAAUGGGAGCCAGAGUUACCAAGCUGCUCCAGGG